GACUAGAUGAAGGUCAUCCAAAAGUCGCACUAAAAUGGCAACUAUUCGAGAGUCUUCGGUACAGACUGGUUGAGAAUGAAAUCUACUGGUUUUACAGUUUGUGAUUCGCUAGUGGUGGUUAUUGGAGGUGCUGUAGUUUCUGGUGCUAUAUUCUUGUUAUAUCGACGAGAAAACAAGAAAGUAUAUUGCCGUAAGAGCUUGAUCUUAUGUUUUUUAUACGUCUUAUUACCUAAAUUUUUGAAGUGUUUGGUGAUUGAUUGUAAAUUCGUUGUAUCAUUGGGUUCGUUUUUUCACACGCUCUGAAACAUUCAACUUUAAACAGUAAAUUUAAUAAUCGAUUACCAAGAUGUCUCUUAGUGUGUUCUAGAUCGACUACUUGAUAUUGAUAAACCACUUGCAGUUAGCUUUUAGCGGAUCCACCAGAUUUUCCGGCCAGCAGAUAGCGAGUUCAAAGCCUUCAAAGUAGUGUUAUUAUCCCUCUCACAAACAGUGUCACGAAACCCAACGCGAAUCUGUCAUUGAUAAUUUGUAGUGGAUGGUCCUAUUUCGAACUCACAUAGCUUAUUCUAGCUUCUGAACAAACCAACUUAUUCAUUCUUCUCAAUCUACAAUUCGACCUUGUUAAUUAUUCACUUAUCAACGUUGACCGUUUCUAUUUGAGCGUAUGUGUGUGCAUUUCCUAUCUUACUCAUCACAUUUCUGUAACUCAUUUUUAUCUGACUACAAAUAUCGAGUUUCACUUGGUUAAGUCGAGUUGGUUCACACUCUUCCACCGCGCGUCAUUUCGCUUCGCUCUCUUCUCUUCACAUCGUCUCUCUGAUUGUCUGUUCUGAUCAACGAUUGUAUGAAAUACACGUAUUCGAAAUUCAUUCUUGUAUUUGACUUAUUUAGUUCCUUUAUACACCAACUCGAGUUAAGUCUAUGAUUAUACACAGGACUAGCGAUAUGUAUAUUUCGAUAACAAACAACUUACGAUCAAAUUGGAGUCAGAUUUGGGGCUACGAAAAAUUGAACCACAUUAUUAUACGUUCUCACUGCUUCUUAUUUGAGGGGCGUUACUUUUGGCGCCCUAUCAAGCUCAAGACAUUUUGCGGCUUAUGAAAUAGAAUAUAGUGACUCACAAACUGUCAAGUGGUUGAAUGCUAAUUUUUCUCUUCUAAUAUUUACUGCCUUUUUCUUAGUAUUUCAACUGGAUCGUUCGCUAUUCGUCGGCUUAUUCGUCCACUAUAUUCAUGUAGUUUUACUUUGAUAUCUACUGAAUAUGUAGUUUUAAUCGUUAUUUUCGUCCUUAUACCUUGGUUGCUAAAUCAUACAUUUUCGCGUUUAAUGUUUGGUUAAUGUGUUCAGACUAGGAGUAAACAUAUGAUUGGUUUGCUAUACAUCCAGGGAUAUAUUCACUAUACAACCAGUUAGUUGGUUAAAGACCUGUCUUAUAUUACUUUCGAGUAUGCAAUACUGGGUUUCUGCAGCUAGAACUUGUUAACACUACUCGGUCUGUUCAACAAAUACAUGAAAUGUAAUCAUAUGGAUCUUAUUUUGCAAACAGAGUGAAUAAGUCCUAUAUAUCUCAAAAUAUUCACUUGCGACGACACACUUGGACCAUAUAGGUUUCCACUGAUCAGAACAUCCAACAAAGUUUUUAGAGGUUAGGCUCUUUAACCAUCACAUCGCUCCAUACAGUUUUUGCAACCCCAAAUGUUUUGCUAAAAUCAUGCGCACAAGCAUACCAUCCCCAAAUAGCAAAGAUACACUUUCCAAUUAGUUUUUCAUCGGCACUGCAAUAAUCGACUAGCAUUUCACUGUUGCUAGUUAAUAUUUUUAAUAGUAUUACAAGGUAAGAAUAACUUCCUUCACAGAUGUUAUCAUUAAUCCAUCAAUUGCGUUUACUAUUAAAGAACAACUAGAUACUGUUAUGGGGUUUAUGUAUAGCAAACAAGAUCAGAAGAAACAUUAAGGAAUAGUACACAAAGAAUUAUUAUUAUUAUUUGAACACAUAUAUAUUGGUACAAGGAGGCACCAAAUACAUAUGAGCCGCACAAAUCUCAUUUGAAUUGUGUUAGGGCUGUGAUACUGCUCGGGUGCCCGAGUCGAAACAGGUGGUUUUCUUAGGGGGCCGCACCCGGAGCCUUCGACCCAAAGGUCUGAUCCACAAGGCAGUGGAGCAUCGUAAGGAGAUGCAGUCCCAUGGAAGCCGGUGACCAACAAUUGGUUCAUACGCCAUUUGUUCCCAUUUGUUCUGAAAAGGGAAUCGCUAAAUAAUAAACGAAUUUUGACCAGAAGACAUCUAUGUUAUUAUUAACUUAGAAAUUAUCUUUAUUAUUUGACUGUUUUAACGUAUAUAAAUAUGAGCUUUAGGUGGUUGGAGGUAAUUGAUAAGGAACGCUUUGCAUGGCUUUCGUGCUAUUAGGCACUCAUCAGCGAAUGGCACCUGUAAUUUUUAGGGAAAUUGAUUGUCUAUGUGGAAUUUUAACCCACACCAUCCAUCUUCACAAUCUGAGAUGCUGUCAUUAAGCUACUCAGCUAGCAACUUACCUGUGGUGCUGAGAUAUUUACAAGCGAUCACUGGGUCGUAACUGUCAUGUCUAUCUAGUCCUUUUUAGUGCUGAUAGAAUUAGAUCGACCAAAUCGCAACGUAGCUACUAGCCUAAGUGGCUCGAUAUCGCAUGCUCUUUAUUAGAGUGUUAGGUAGUAGGUGUUUUAGUCCUACAGGUGGUCACUCAAAGCCUGAUUAUCUUAGUGGUAACCCCUUAAACUAUUAAGCUAGGUGACAAGAUCGAAUCUUUCAGGAAACACCAAUUCCCUCAAAAUUACAGGUACAUCUUGCCGAUGAGCGCCAAGUAUCAUGAAACCUUUGUGAAGCGUCUCCUGUUGACUACCUUCGACCACUUAAUAUUUCAACAUAAUGCAUGGGAUAUCGAAUCACUUCAGCUGAUGCAUACGUCGUAACUUGAUCGAUUGACUUCGAUUAUCACUAAAAAGGACUAGAUAAACAUAAUGUUUGUCAUCACUCAUUGAUCAAACAAUUGUAGCUUUCUCUAUUCUCUGACAGGUUGUAUAGGCAGAGCGUCUGUCUGUUUACCAAUGGGAAAUCAUGCUGUACAUAUGUCCUUUCUACAUCACUUAACAGAUAAAAAUAUAGUCAUCGCUACUAGAAGCUACUUUAGGGUCGUCGAUAUUUGAUAACAGGUGUGGAUGGUAAAGUUCACGAGUAUGCUACUCAAACUUUGAGGGAAUGUUUGUAAACGAACACAACAAAUCGGUUUUUGGGUUGCAAAAUAACUUUUACGCCCUUAUAAAACUCAUAAACAGUCUACGCUAGGUAAAAAAUAAAUCUGGAAAAAGUCAUAUCUAGACCAAGACGCGGCCCUAUUUUUUGAAGUUACAGUUCGUUAGUUUGAUCAACGUAAAGAGCAUCCUAUUUUUUCCUUGAAUCCUCAGGUAAAGUGAUCUGCAAUGAUGCAGAUAGUCCACUAAUUAACUUCACCUGAAUCAGGGAUAUAUUAUCAUCAUAUGCUCUCUAUCCUUUAAUUUUUUACACAUCUUCAUUUCUUUGCCGCUAUUUGUGUUAUAAAGUUGGUCUAUUUUCUCUCAGUCAGCUAACGCUGCUGUGACAUUGUGUAAUAUGACAACUUCAAUUAAUACAUAACUGUAUUAUACUUGGAUUCUUUCUGAUUUGUUUGCAUUUAAGCUUUGUGAUGUAAUAUGCAGAUAGAUCGGACAUAGAGACUUGAACUGAACCGGGAUGUGACCAUGAUUUUACUAAUAUCUACUGAAACGAUAGCCAAUAUGUCGAAAUCCGUGGCCACGUUGAAUAAAAAUACUUAAGCUCUAUAUUAUUGUAGAAGCCACUGAUUUUCUGUGUCUUUAAAUUUAAUUUAUGUAUUGAGAAUAUUUUUGAUUGGUGAUACUUUAUAGAAAACGCCUCAGAUUUGCCAGUUGGGCUUCCAAAUCCUAGAAAUGUAUGCUAUUUCAAUGCAUUGAUGCAAGCAAUGGCAGCGAAUCCAAGUCUUGUUCGUCUCCUAAAACGCAGUGUCCACAUUAAGCCGGACAAAUUCAUGUAUAGAUUAUUGUGUUUAUUGAAGGGUCUGCAGUGUUCUUCUCAGUAUAUUUCAGAGAAUAACUUGGGUGGUUUACUAAAGAAGAAUCAUGAAGCGUUAAUUAAUGACAUAGUGAAUACACAAAAUUGGGCUAUUCAUGAACAGCAGGAUGCUCAUGAAUUAUUUGGUUUUAUCAUGGAACGUGCUUGUAGUCAAGAUAAUGGUUUUUCCAGCAAAACAUAUGCUAGAAAAAUAAGUAAUCUGUUCAAUUUUAAUCUUCCUCACCAUAGACGAAUAGUUGUCUGUCGAUCUCAUUGUUCUGCCAUUGAAAGUGUAAAGUUUCGUGCAAUUUUAUGCGAUGCAUUUCCUACUCAUGUGUUUGAACAAAUUCUGGUGAGUAGCCGAGUAACAUGUAAUUAUUGCAACUAUCAUAGUAAAGUGGUCAUUCAACCGGAAGCUUGUUUAACCAUAUUUUUAAGGAGUCCCAGCAUUGUAAAGACAAAUGUGAAAGGAUUACAACAGUCAUAUGUCAAAACGUCUACAGAAGUGAUAGAUCUUAUUGAAUGUCUUGAUGCUCAGUUGGCAACUGUCGAACCUAUACCUGAUAUGAAGUGCCCUAGAUGUCAGAAAUCUUCGACAUCAAAAUCCUGUUCAUUAAAUUAUUGUCAACGCGAACAAUGGAUAACACACACUCCCAAAUACCUAGUUUUGUAUAUACAAAGAAGUGAUUGGUUAAACAUAGCUAGCUUAUCCACUGAAUCGAAUAAUAUUCGUCAGUUUGGUGGAAAUCAUUUUUCAAAUACCAGGAUUGCUACAAAGCGUUCUGAACAUGUACAUAUUCCGGAGUUUUUAAAUAUGGCGCCUUAUUUGUUACCGUGUAGGAUUUUAAAGACUGAGGCUUUAUCUCAGCCUGUAAAUCCAUAUCAUGACAAACCCUCUGGAGGUUUACUUUCCAAUACUUCAGAAUUAUUAGGAAGGGAUUGUCCAAAACCAUACAUACUCCGUUCAGUUAUUGUUCAUGAAGGCGCAUUUCAUCAGUGUGGACAUUAUAUAACGUAUCGUAAAUGGCACACACCUGUAUUGCAUGUGCAACAAAAGUCGUGUUGGUUAGUUAAUAUUUUGUCAAGUUUGUACGAAUAUGUUUCAAACUAUUUUAAAGGAAUAUCAAACACACCUGAUGCCCAUAAUUCGCCAUGGAUACUGACUUCCGAUGCUCAUGUGAUACGUGUACCGUUCAAACAAGUGGAAUCAAGUCCUGCUUAUUUGUUAUUUUACGAACGUUUACGUGGAUAUGAUGAUCAGCAAUUCGGAAUAAAAUCAGCGAUUAUUGCAAACGGCACCAACCAUCGUACACAGCAUAGCACUCCUGCGCUAUCACCAAUUGAAGAUACUGAUACGAGUCACUCGGAGAUAUACAGCGAAGAUGAGAGCGACUCAGAUGCUUCGAUUGACAAACAGUGUGUUUUUAGAAACUUGUCAAUAGCAGACAUCAUUAGAUCUUAUGCAUUAUAUACGUCAGCAUCUCAGAUGUAUGAUAAAUCAUGUGAUGUGUUCUACUUCCAUAGUAUUUUCUUUUCUACUUAUUUUACGGUUAAGUGGCGUAGUUUUUGAGAAACGAUGCCAGGAUGUAUUUUUACUUGUGUUUUCUGUAUUAGCGGUUUCAAGACGAACUUCAUAUUGUCGGGAUAAGUAUCGUCACUGAAUCCUAUUGCCGUUGUCUAUUUCUGAUUAAACAUUGCGGAAUACAGCUCAAGACGUGUUGGUACUCAUAACGCCAGUGUUUAUAUUCAGUCGUCUAGUUUUUCAACAAAUCUUGUAGUAGGGAAUUAUCGUUGGCGUUUUAUUUUAUUAUCAGCAGAUUUGCGUAGAUGUCUUACUUUCUGGGAACGUUCUUCACUGUAGUUUGUGCGGUACAUUUAGACUGACUAUAAUCAAUUGCUUCGAUUAUCACAAACCCUUUAUCAUCUCAUCCUGAAACCCAAAGUCUGUAGUCAGUAAAAUACAUAGAAGCUGCCUCAUUUUAGUCAUGCAGAUAUUUUAUUAAGUGCUUAAGAGAUAGGAUAUUUAUAAUCGACGCUUCCAACAAUUUGCUGAUUCAGUUUAUACUUCUUGUGCAAGAGAUUAUCAGUCCUGUACAAAAUUCGCACAUAAUUUUCGUCAUCAUUACAUUUAAUUGAAAUAUGAUUCUCUUGGAGUGUGCUUCCAAGUAACUUAUUACAAUUACUUAUAAUUGAGACAUCAACUUACUACAGUUUCAGGUGCCUAGUGUGAUUUUCAGCUUAUAUACAUAUUGAG